CCAGACAGAGCAGAAACAAGCAUCAGACCAGAAGACGUCUUUAAAGGCUCAGCUGGAAGAGAUGGAGCCAUCAGAACAGUGAUGACAAAGGGAGUGGCUGGCAUUGGGAAAACAGUCCUAACACAGAAGUUUACUCUGGACUGGGCUGAAGGCAAAGCCAACCAGGACAUACACUUCACAUUUCCAUUUACCUUCAGAGAGCUGAAUGUGCUGAAAGAGCAAAAGUUCAGCUUGGUGGAACUUGUUCAUCACUUCUUCACUGAAACCAAAGCAGCAGGGAUCUGCAGCUUUAAACACUUGAGCGUUGUUUUCAUCUUGGACGGUCUGGAUGAGUGUCGACUUCCUCUGGACUUCAACAAGACUAAAACCCUGACUGAUGUCACAGAGUCCACCUCAGUGGAUGUGUUGCUGACAAACCUGAUCAGGGGGAACCUGCUUCCCUCUGCUCACCUCUGGAUCACCACACGACCUGCAGCAGCCAAUCAGAUCCCUCCUGGGUGUGUUGACAUGGUGACGGAGGUCAGAGGGUUCACUGACCCACAGAAGGACGAGUACUUCAGGAAGAGGUUCAGAGAUGAGCAGCAGGCCACAACAAUCAUGUCCCACAUCAAGACGUCACGAAGCCUCCACAUCAUGUGCCACAUCCCAGUCUUCUGCUGGAUCACUGCUACGGUUCUGGAGGAUCUGCUGGAAACCAGAGAGGGAGGAGAGCUGCCCAAGACCCUGACGGAGAUGUACAUCCACUUCCUGGUGGUUCAGACCAAAGUGAAGAACAUCAAGUAUGAUGGAGGAGCUGAGACAGAUCCACCCUGGAAUAAGAAGAGCAGGAAGAUGAUUAAGUCUCUGGGAAAACUGGCUUUUGAGCAGCUGCAGAAAGGAAACCUGAUCUUUUAUGAGUCAGACCUGACAGAGUGUGGCAUCGAUGUCAGAGCAGCCUCAGUUUAUUCAGGGGUGUUCAUGCAGGUCUUUAAAGAGGAAAAAGGGCUGUAUCAGGACAAGGUGUUCUGCUUCGUCCAUCUGAGUGUUCUGGAGUUUCUGGCUGCUCUUCAUGUCCAUCUGACCUUCAUCAACUCUGGAGUCAACCUGCUGUCACAAUUAUCCUGGUUUAAACAUUUUAUGAUGAAACAUGAACAUACACCGUUCUACCACGUUGCUGUGGACAAGGCUUUAGAGAGUCCAAAUGGACACCUGGACCUGGUCCUCUGCUUCCUCCUGGGAUUUUCUCUUGAGAAAAACCAGACAUUCUUACAAGGUUUGAUGACACAAAUGAGAAGUAAUUUACAAACCAAUCAGAAAACAGUUCAAUAUAUCAAGAAGAAAAUCACAGAGUUUCCUUCUGCAGAGAAAAGCAUCAACCUCUUCCACUGUCUGAAUGAACUGAAUGAUUGUUCUCUAGUAGAGGAGAUCCAACACUAUCUGAAAUCAGGAAGUCUCUUCAUAUAUAAACUGUCUCCUGCCCAGUGGUCAGCUCUGGUUUUCAUCGUAUUGUCUUCAGCAAAUGAUCUUGAAGUAUUUGACCUGAAUAAAUUCUCUGCAGAGGAGGCUCUUCUGAGGUUGCUGCCUGUGGUCAAAGCUUCCAACACAGCUCUACUGAGUAGCUGUAACCUGUCAGAGAGAAGCUGUGAAGCUCUGUCCUCAGUUCUCAGCUCUCAGUCCUCUAGUCUGAGAGAACUGGACCUGAGUAACAACAACCUGCAGGAUUCAGGAGUGAAUGUUCUGUGCGCUGGACUGAAGAGUCCUCACUGUCGACUGGAGACUCUCAGCCUGAGUGUGUGUGACCUGUCAGAGAGAAGCUGUGAAGCUCUGUCCUCAGCUCUCAGCUCUCAGUCCUCUAGUCUGAGAGAACUGGACCUGAGUAACAACAACCUGCAGGAUUCAGGAGUGAAUUUUCUGUGCGCUGGACUGAAGAGACCUCACUGUCGACUGGAGACUCUCAGGCUGUCAGACUGUCUGCUCUCACAGGAAGCUUGUGUCUCUCUGGCCUCAGCUCUGAGCUCCAACCCCUCCCAUCUGAGAGAGCUGGACCUGAGCUACAAUCAUCCAGGAGACUCAGGAGUGGAGCUGCUGUCUGCUGGAGUCAAGAAUCCACACUGGAGACUGGACACUCUCAGGGUGGAGCCUGGUGGAGUCCGAUGGUUAAGACCAGGUCUGAGCAAGUAUUUCUGUCAACUCACCAUCGACACAAACACAGUGAACAGACAUCUACAACUGUCUAACAACAACAGGAACGUGACACAUAUCUGGCAGGAUCCGUCAUAUCCUGAUCAUCCAGACAGAUUUGACUGGCCUCAGCUGCUGUGUAGUAAUGGUCUGACUGGUCGCUGUUACUGGGAGGUUGAGUGGGGUGGAGGAGUUUAUAUAUCAGUGAGUUACAGAGGAAUCAGAAGGAAAGGAGACAGUAAAAACUGUUGGUUUGGAGACAAUGAUCAGUCCUGGCGUCUGAAAUGCACUAAUGGUGGUUACUAUGUCUGCCACAAUAACAUAGUAACACUCAUCUCCUCCUCUGUGUCUCACAGAGUAUCAGUGUAUGUGGACUGUCCUGCUGGUUCUCUGUCCUUCUACAGAGUCUCCUCUGACAAACUGAUCCACCUUCACACCUUCAACACCACAUUCACUGAACCACUUUAUCCUGGGUUUGGGGUUAGGCACAGUUGGCCUGGUUCCACAGUGUCUCUGAGUGAUGUGUCAUAGUGAGAAUUUGAUUUUGUCAGAGAAACAUUGUCACUGUGAAACAUAGUUCAGUCUGUUCAUGUCUGUCUUGUUGUCAUGUCAGAUAGAUGUAUUAAAACAAACUAUGGAGCUAA